CCACGACCACGACCAUCGACCAACAUUCCGACCUGUACGUACAGCGCACCGACACGCGUAUACCUAACCCGGCACACAAUCCUGCCCAACGCGCAAAUGGAUGGCGGCCUUUUUCGCUGAUAGGUGCAUCUCCCGCGCAGGCUCGCAGCAUACGUCCAGUAAUCGAGCAUCUGUAAGCGCGCCAGCGUGCCAUCUCCGCAGAAGCUCGCCCUGCCCGCGUACAGUCACACCGAGGAGCUACUCCACCUCUCGCCAUAAGAAAUGUUGAGCUCAUCAGACUCGCACCGCCGCCGGAAGAAGGACUCCACCGGCACACGCGAACGCAGCAGCCCCAAAAGCAAGGACAAGGAGCGGGAUCGCGACAGGGAUAAGGAUAGAGAACGUCAUAAGAGUUCCAGGUCCCGCAAGACACGCUCAUCGACGUCCAAGGACGACGACCAGGAGGGUGACCGGCCCCGCGAGCGUCCAUCGGGAGAGCGCAUACGAACAUCGUCGCCGUCGCCCAAGUCCAAGAUGGCCGUUGUACCCGAGAUGCAAAGAAGAGGCUCUCUAGGCUCAGCGAACGCUUCCAGGACCAGCUUGCCAUACCCGACAUUAUCCAAGACAUAUGCGAAGGAGAACAUAUAUUCACGAUCAGAGAUGGAGAAGAGGAAGUCGACGCUGACCCCAGAGGCCACAGACGUCGACGCAGCGCACGACCAGGAGACGGAGACGCACGACGAGCCACGAACUGUACCACCACCACCGCCUAACCGAGUCGCACCCACACCACCGCGCGCACCACCGAGUCCCCCGCUCACCGCAGCCACGUCCGAUAAUCUGAGGAAGACAGCCAGCGCGAACAGCAUGCGACGGAAAAACUCGGGAACCAUGAAGGACAUGGAGGCUGGCCGACAAAGCGUAGACAGCGGCACGCGCAUGACCACCCAGGCAGGCCCAAGGGUGGCAUCGCGUUCAAGCAUCAGAGAGGAGGAGUCGUAUGAUGGGACAGACCUUACAUCCACGACGGGCUCACAGCCCAGCACAGUCCGCGCAAAGUCCCCUGACAUGGGUCGGACCAAAUCAGCCGGUCCAUCAAGUGCCCGGCCGCCAGGAAGGACGUCGACGCCGGUCAAGAUGAAGAUGAGGGCAGCUUCUGAAGUCACUCUGGAUUCAGACACGACCUCAGUCCCUCCAGAUCAUAAUGUUCGUCGUCGAGGACCGUCUCCAUCACAGUCGGAUGUCUCACCAGCAUCCGUAGUGGACUCUUCGCCGCGAACCCCAACCUAUUGCAUAGUCCCAUCCGUCGUAUCCUCCGUGAAGGAUGGACCGCCCAUGAUUGAGAUCAUCACGGAUCCCCUGUCUCGUGUACAGUCGGUAGAUACAACAUACUCAGACUCGCCCAUGACCCCACCUCCUCCGCCGCCUCCACCAGCCAUGAUGAUGGAAGCACCUCGAGUCGACUACCUUCUUCAAAAUGGCGGCUUGGCUAAAGCAAUUCCACGUAGUUUGUUGGCAGCUAUCGACGGUGUUCCUGCUUCUGCGUACUCACAGUAUCAGACACCACGGCUUUCUGGGGCGCAGGCUCAUGACGUUCGAUCCUUUUUCAAACCACUCCAAAACGUUUUAAACAGCUACAAUACGGUCAUGGAUACAAGUGGCUCGCUCGCAGUAGCAACAGGCUACCGCUCAGUUGCACGCCGCCUUCUCGAUCGACUUGAAAAUGUGUUUGCCCGCAAUAUCUCUGCUGAGCAGUGCCAAUGUAUGAUGUGCUUCGAACAGCCACUUGCCGAGGAGUCUGCAGGCGUGAAUUGGGGUGAGAUCUUAGAGCUUGUCUCGGGACGAUGCGGACUGCCCACCUGGCCCCCGUACGAAGAUGGUCCUGGACCCGGCCUCGGCAUAUCAUCAAAUCUUGAGGCACCGUGCCAACGGAUUGACGUUGACGUGCCAGAUCAGUAUCGCGAGCACUAUGAGAAGCAAUCAAAGAAGACCAAGGUCGCUGUUCAAUCAUGGCUCUCGGACCAACAGGAUAACGUCCCAGAGGACGCGGACGAUGAGACGUUGACCUUCAUCAUGCUCACCCGCCUAGAGCAACCGCAACGGCCACUCUUCUACGCACUCCUUUGGGGCUUAGAUAAGCUCCCGAACCCACGUACGCAGAAGCCUGAAAGCGACACUCCAUCAUAUCUGGCCAAGGCCAGUGUGGCGUUACAACGUCUUUACCGUCUCUACAGUCCUCCGCGUAACCAGCUUGUCGUUAUGUAUCUCAUCCGGCAUCCCGAUAUGCACAAUAUGCUCUCCACACUAGCAGCUGUUAGCAAACAUGAGUGGGAAAUCCUGGUGUCUGGACGCUUCGAUGGCUUCCUCUGGUCUGGUGCGGACGACUUACCCGAGCUCAAUACAACCCCUCCAAGAACGGCAUCGAGGAACAUGUUAGGUCAGAUCCCUCCUACUGACGGUCCUCAACGCUUCGCAUCCCCUUUCAGUCCCAAUCGAUUCGGCACCUUUAGUCCAAGCCCCUACUCUCGCCCUGGAUCCGCCCGCCCUGGAUCUACACGUCCGCCUGGUGGCGCGCCCGUCCAAAUCGACGAGGAGACCGAAAUCGCUGUGCUCGCUGAAAUCGAACGCGAGAUCUACCUUGGCAUGGAGGCAAUGGAAGACGCAUUCGAGCAGCUGCAUAACCAAGCUGAACAAGUCCGCCGCCGUCUCCGUGAGCGCGCAGCCGCUCUAUCUAUGGUUGCGCAACGACGCAGGGGUCCUGGGAUGGGCGGAAUCGAAGUCAGGACUGAUACGCCCGCCAAUCUCCGAGAUUCUGAUGAGGGUGUUGAUGAUGCAAGAAGUGAGAUUGGACCGGACGAUUCUGCGAGUAACGUUAGUCAUAACAGGAGGAGGAAGGCGCAUCGUGCAAGGGAGAGGAGGACGCCAGCGCCGGUGGAGGAGGAGAGUGAAGAGGAUGUUGCUCUUGCUGAGAGGAUUCGAAGGAGAUUUUGAGGCGAUAGUAGUGACCACGUCCGCGGAUACGCAGUAACGAAUAAUCCGGCAAGUACAUACGCCGACACGCAAGGACGCAUUAAACGAACAACGGACACAGGUACUUCCUGAUAUAGCAUUUUUGACGGAGUUUGGUGCGUUGGGGUUCUCUUUUUUGGGAAUUGUUGCUUAGGUUUUAAGCGUUUCACAAGCGGGUAUGAUAUGAAUAGGGCAUGAAACGACCGUGAAAUAUGGAUACCCAAUUUGCGAGGAUGCUUGCGAGAACUUUGAUUCUCUUUGAAAGUAGCUCUACUGAAGUCUGGCUUUGUUGUACGGAGUCAAUCCUCAAUUGAACUGUGUCUGUUUCAAGAGCGCAGUCAAGAUCGUUGGCGUGCAACAACAACUGGUGUCUCCAUGACCACAUUGGCCGAC